GACUGCUGCCUCUCAUGCAAUCAAUAAUGGGAAACUGCUUCGGACAAUCUGCCAAGUGUGCUCAUGCUUCUUCGAAUUUUUCUGGAAGUACUACUACAGAGCGUCAUUCCAAGGCAAAACUUCAGGAUUCCACCGCUUCAAGCUAUGAGAAAACAGUACCUUUGGGAAAUUCGAAAACAAAAUCUUGUAUAAACUGCAAGGCCGAUGCAUCUAUCAGCAACAAACUCAAGUCCUUUAGCUUCAUUGAUCUGAAGAAUGCAACCAAGAAUUUCCCCCCAGAAAGUUUACUUGGAGAAGGAGGGUUCGGGUGCGUAUUCAAAGGAUGGAUUGAUGAGAACACUUUGGCUCCCACAAAACCAGGAACUGGGAUGGUAGUGGCAAUAAAGAGACUCAAGGCAGAGAGCUUUCAAGGCCACAAGGAAUGGCUUGCAGAAGUGAAUUAUCUAGAACAGCAUCACCAUGAAAAUCUUGUGAAACUCAUUGGUUACUGCUCAGAGUCUGAGAAAAAACUCCUCGUAUACGAAUUUAUGCCUAAAGGAAGCUUGGAGAAUCAUUUAUUCAGAAAAGGUGUUCAACCGAUUUCUUGGCCUACGCGGAUGAAAAUUGCAAUUGGUGUUGCACGAGGAUUAACCUUCUUGCAUAGUUUAGAUGCCAAUGUAAUCUACCGCGACUUGAAGGCUUCUAAUAUUCUACUCGACUCGGAUUUCAAUGCAAAGCUUUCAGAUUUUGGCUUAGCAAGGGAUGGACCUACUGGAGAUAAUACACAUGUUUCGACCAGAGUUGUGGGAACUCAGGGAUAUGCUGCCCCAGAAUAUGUAGCAACAGGUCACUUAACACCAAAGAGUGAUGUAUACAGCUACGGAGUCCUAUUAUUAGAGUUACUAUCAGGAAAACGGGCAAUGAAUGAUGAUAGAGCUGGGUUUGUGGAUGAAACCCUGGUGGAUUGGGCGAAACCAUUUUUGAGUGACAGCAGACGAGUUUUGAGGAUUAUGGAUACAAGGUUAGGGGGUCAAUACUCCAAGAAAGGAGCCCAAGCUGCCGCUGCACUUGCUUUGCAAUGUCUUCAUACAGAUCCCAAGAAUAGACCUCCCAUGAUUGAUAUUCUAACCAGCUUGGAAAGGCUUCCCACAUCAAAUGUUCUUCCCAGGAAUUCCCAAGCUGGUAUUGACAAUCAUAGGGGGAAGCAUUUGAAUCACUCUCGCUAGAAUACAAUGCAUGGAGAACUUACGAUGAUCUGUACUCAUGUAUUAUGAAAUGAGUAAUGAUAUACACAUGACAAUAUAUUGUACAACAUAUUACAC